AUGCCAUUCAUUCACGACCAACCUGAUCCCUCUCUCACCCCCGCUCAGGUUCGCCAGCUUUGCAGAGAGAACAAACUUCCCACUCCUCAGACCUCCGGCUACGCACCAGGUUACGCUCAAGCUAACAUCGUCGUCCUUCCUCUGAAAUACGCCGACGAUUUCCGUACAUUCUGUCAACGUAAUCCCGUCCCCUGCCCUCUUUUGGGAGAAACAGCUCCUGGUGAUCCAACCGUUCCUUCACAUCUCGCAAAAGGUUCUGAUAUCCGUACCGAUUGCGCUCGUUACAACAUCUACGAAGAUGGGAAGCGUAUUGCCAAUAAAACGGACAUCAUCGACGAAUGGCAGCCGGAUAGCGUCGCUUUCUUCAUCGGUUGUUCAUACUCUUUCGAGGACGCUUUAAUCAAAGGUGGAUUCGGAUUGCGUCACCAAGAGCUCAACAAUAUGACUCCGUGUUAUAGAACUUCGGUUCCGCUCAUGCGAUCAGGACCUAUCAAGGGAAAGAUGGUCGUAUCCAUGCGUCCUUACCCACUCGAGAAAGUACCAGAGAUCGUACGAAUCACCAAACCUUAUGCUCGUACUCAUGGUGAACCUGUCGGCUGGGGUCCGGAAGGCGCAAAGGAAUUGGGAAUUGAGGACGUCAAUGGGCAGAAACCUACCUGGGGCGAUCCCACUGUCUUGAAGGAGGGAGAGGUGUGCGUUUAUUGGGGAUGUGGUGUCAGUCCUCAACAAGCAGUCAUGGAUAGUGAACUCCCAGGUGUGUACAUGAGUCACGAGCCGGGACAGAUGUUGGUUCUUGAUUUGAAGAUUGAGGAUGUGUGCCAGUAGGGAGUAGAAGAGUUGAUACUAUUUGGAAUCGGUUGUAUAUCCCCUGGUCAAGUUUGUAGAUGGUCAUGAAUGAUAUUGGGUCUGG